UUUGUCUUUGUGAUGGUCACUGUGAGCAUAUGUAACCAGAUUAGUCAGGAGCAUGUUGAUGUUGAUGUUGAUUUGAAAGAGGAGCAUUACAUGGCAGAGGAUACACCAGAGGCAUGAGAAGUCUAGUAACAUGUUUGUCCAAUGACAGUUCUGUCUGUAAAUGUACAAUCAUGUACACCUCUUAUUGUGUUAUCCAAUUUUUUGGGCAAAGCAUGCAUCUCAUCAAAUUCGACCAAACUCAGUAUGACAACACAGUUACCAACCUGCUGUCCUUCCCUCUACAGACAGACCCCCUCACCUCAAACCUCCUCACAGGUGCCCCAUUCUCCUUACCCCCUCAUUCCCUCUGUCCCCAAUUCCACCAUGCCCAGUAUAUCUGUCUCCCUCUCCCUAAAACCCAUGAGUUCCCUCUCCUCCUUCCUCUCCUCUCUGUCUUCUCUUCCCCACACCGUCAGAGACACUGAGGUCCCCCUUCUCUUCCGUGAGCCCUACAUCCUGUCUGGCUACCGGCCCGUGGGCCAUUCCUGGAGCUUCUACUUCCUCAGCCUCUUCCAGAUACACAAUGAGACAAUCAACGUGUGGAGCCACUUGCUGGCCGGAGUCUGCGUUGCGCUGAGGUUCUCUGUUUUUGCUGUGAUGUACGGGCUGGGUCUUUACCUGGACCUGGCCUGUCUACCGCUGGUCUACUACGUCCUGUCUCUUCUGACCUACUUGUGCUGCAGCGCAACAGCCCACCUGCUCCAGUCCCACUCCGAGCUGGCCCACUAUGCCCUAUUCUUCCUGGACUAUGUGGGAGUGGCUGUGUACCAGUAUGGCUGUGCCCUGGCUCUAUACUUCUACAGCUCUGAUCCCGCAUGGAGACGCAGUCGAGUAGGAGAGGUGUUCCUCCCUGCAGCAGCUCUCCUGGCUUGGUUAUCCUGUGCCUGCUGCUGCUUUGCCAAACUCAGUUACCUCCACCCAUACCCACUCCAUCGUAAGCUGUGCCAGGUCGUGCCAACCGGUCUGGCGUGCCUGCUAGACAGCAGUCCUGUGGCACAUAGACUGGUCAGCAGGACCUGGGGAGACGACCCUGCUAUGACCCUACACGCAAUACAGGUGUUGCUGUUCCUCCUGGCAGCGUUCUUCUUCUCCUGUCCCAUGCCUGAGCGUUUCUUUCCUGGGCACUGUGACAUCAUCGGCCACGGGCACCAGCUCUUCCACUUCCUCCUCUCCCUCUGCACGCUGACCCAACAGGAAGCUGUGUUUGAGGACUUCCUGUCCCGGCGGGCGUCCCUGACGAGGGAGUACGGGGAGUGCCGCCUACAGGUGGCAGCCGUGUCAUUUCCUGCCCUGGUGUUCUGUAGCGUGCUGACAGCUGUGAUCAUGAGGAGAUUGGUGGAGAGGAGGCUGAGGAAGGAGGACAGUUGGGGGGAGGAGGUAGAGAGAGGAUAG